AAAAGUGUUAAUAAUGUUCUAAAAAAUGUCUAAAGAAAACGGAUAAAAUAAAAUAAAUAAAAUUUUAUCUUUACCAAGAGAGCUUUGUGAUUAAAAGCCCACUAAAAUGUUACAUUAGUGAUCAAAGUAUCGCAAUUAUCGUAACUCAAAAUCAGACUUGAACUUGAACGACUAUCUGGGUGGAUUAAAAGACAGAUGUUGAAACCCCUGGAUUGGAUUUAGGGGUGGGUGCUUUCAGUUUAGGGUUUACAAAACUUUACCCAUGCAAGCUCUCGAGUUUACAGCCAUAAAUUUAAUAUCUGUGUAUCUCUAAAUGUAUUUAUAUAUUAUUACACGGAUAAGAAAAAUAAAAGCGUAAAAUUUACCUCGUUUAAUGCAAGCCCCGACGUCUAAUUUAACGGUAACCCGUGGUGUGUUAUUUAUAUAUCCACGUCUUCAGUAUAUAUGUAUUAGCACUCCGAGACAGUGACAUCAAUUUACAGUCUUUUAAAAAGAGUUGUGUCUUGUGAAUUUUGUUCUUCUGCAAAAUAAAAUUAUAAGGAAUUCAAUUAUUUAUUUAUUUACAUAACUUGAGCGGAGGAUUUAAGUGUCGAGAUAAAAAAGUUUGUUGUGCUACGCUGUGUACUUUUGGUGGCUUAAUUGAAUUAAAAUUUGGAACAAUGGAGAGAUGAAAAGAAAACAACGCCCUGUGGAAUGGAAGCAAAGCAAAAUAAAAAUAAUAAUAAAAUAACAGGAAGCGGGAAACAGCGGAGUUUAAUCUUGGAAAUACGUGGAAGAAAAUUUAAAGACCAGGAGUAAUUCUCCGUUAGAUCCGAAGCUGUAGUUGAAGCGGCAUUGAGGACAUGAAGGUUUGGUGAUCCCCCGGAGACCCUCUGUGGAAACAAAAGAAAAAGAAAAUAACAUAUAAAGCUGGACACACGACCCCUCGGGGACUGGACGCUGCAGGGAAGAUGGUGACGUAAGUGGUAUGCAACUGGAUGAAGAACAAGUAGCUACUGUGAAAAGCGGUCUCUGUUUGUAAACAAUGGACUGGAGCUCGGUACUGAAUAUCACCACGGAUUCGCCAGAAGCAUCGCCGACGGUCAACUACUUCUCUGAGUCCGACACCACAAGUGGGAUUCCGAACAAGACUAUUGGAAAUCUUACCCUUGAGUGCAAAACGGAGCUCAGUGACGGGGCACUCUUCGAAUUUAUCACUAAUGGGAUUCUAUUGAACCUGGUCGGUGUGUUUGGAUUGUUUGGGAACAUUAUCUCCAUGAUAAUAUUGUCGAGACCGCAAAUGAAAUCCUCGAUAAAUUAUCUCCUGAUUGGACUCGCCAGAUGUGAUACCAUUCUCAUUAUCACUGCGGUAUUGAUCCACGGAUUACCAGCUAUUUACUCAUACACCGGGUUACUUUUCGACUACAAAUUCAAGACUUAUCCACACAUCGUGAGGUACCUGUACCCGCUUUCCUGUAUGGCUCAGAUGGUUACCGUUUAUUUGACGCUGACGGUGACAAUAGAGCGUUACGUAGCAGUCUGUCAUCCACUUAAAGCUCGCUCUUUUUGCACCUACGGGCGAGCCAGACUUGCGGUACUUUGCAUCGUCAUUGUCUCCACUAUUUACAAUUUGCCCAAAUUUUGGGAAGUUAAUCUAGAGGAAGAAAUUCACUGGAGAUACAACGUUACGAUAUACUGCGUCGGGCCAGCUAUUUUGAGAUCCAAUGAUUUAUAUAUAUCGAUAUACGUUAACUGGAUGUACUUUUUUUUUUACUACGCUUUACCUUUUGUGUUGCUGGUUGUCUUCAACGUCGCUAUUUACCGAAGAGUAAGAAAAGCAAACCGAGAUCUCCAACAGCUCUCCAGACACCAAAGACGAGAGAUAAAUCUAGCGACAAUGCUGCUGUGCGUGGUUAUCGUAUUUAUCGUUUGUAAUGUACUUCCUUUGGUGUCAAAUGUCUUCGAGAUGUUUCAAGUGCCACCGGUGUGGUUGGUUCAAGCCGGUAAUCUUCUUGUGACGAUCAACAGCAGCAUUAAUUUUAUUGUCUACGUAAUAUUCGGCAGAAAUUUCAAAAGACUUUUUAUCAGGCUCUUUUGUAGCUCAAGAUUCUUCAGAGCCGGCCGAGAUAGUCCUGAGUUUCAGACUAAUGACGAGUCUGUGGUGACUAAUAUGACAAAUAUCGAGCUGAAAAACUCAAUCAGAAGGAAUCAUCUUCAAAGGUCAAACACUACUGUCGUCAGAGCCAAUAAUUUACACACAAAUGGCAGCAGUAGGCGACAGAGCGUUAAAAUUCUUACGACGCGAGCUUCUAAUCCCGGCCCGUGUGUUUAUUAUCCAGCACCCGCCAGCUCCAGUCCGGUUGCUAAUCAACAUCAAGCAUCCAGAAACCAUGUACAGAAUGGCUGGAGUCCGAAGGACAAUUCUGAACACCCUCUCAAUUGAAAAUGGAUGAAAAAUUAAAAUAAGAUAUAAAUAGCAAAGAAGAAAUUUAGUAAUAUAAUAAUUGAAUUAAAUAUG